CUAGGACGUGGCCGGGCAACCCGAAGUUCUUUUUGGACCCUGAAGUGUGUCUGUGAAGUAGUGUCCGCGCGACGACGGCGGAUUUUCGAAGGUGCCACGUGAAAGUUUUUCCGGAACGCGCAAUAUCCGCGAAGAAAGCGCAGAGGUCUACGCGCGUAGGGUGGUCUUGGAAGUAAGCCCCCCCAGGGGAACCAGGUAGUCCCUCGUGGUGUGUGUUAGUGUGUGUGUGUGAGAGAGUGAGGGGGGUCCCACUUACCCCGCCCAUCGCCCCGUCUGCGAGACCAAUGGAGUUGAUAUUGCGGUUCACACGCAACCCAUCGACGCGACCUCCGCGAAAUUAAUGUCUUCCUUUUCACCGAAAAUGACUUCCAAAGUGAAUAAUUACUCAUUGACACAAAAGCAGCAGCAGCAACUACGGUGUUGGUGGUGGUGCUGGUGGGCCGCAAUCAUAAUUAAGGCCAACGACGGCCCAAUCCUGGCCACGACGGAACCAAGACCCCAGCAGCAACUCCAUCGUCAGAAACAGUGCGGCCAAGUCCAAGAAGUCGUCGUGUGAUAACUGCCCCGAGGGGCACGAAUUUUGCGAAGAAAAGAAAAACGGUUCCCAGCCCGCGGGGCCGAACCAGUGGUCCAAAGUCACCCCCCACACUACCCCUCCGUUUCAGAGGGGGGGAUCCCGCGAAGUAAUUGAUGACUGUAAAUCCCAAGUGACGCCUGUGAUUCGAGUUGGGGAUCACGACUUAAUUAAAAUUCAAUAAAAUCAAUACGCAAGAGAAAUCCCCGAACUGCGCGCAGGGUUUUAAAAAGUGAGUGAGUGAGUGAGCGCUGCGUGGAAAUUCACGUGGAAACAGGUGGACGACGAAGACGGUAGUGGCGGUGAGAAAGUGGCUGACAGUGAGAAGAGGACGACGACGACGAAGAAGUGGACGGAGAGCCUAGAGGAGAGCAACAUGCGUUUUGUGCUGAUUGCAAUUUAUUUGAUAUUAAUUAUGCCCAUCACCGGGUCUUGGUGGGCCGAGGGCAGCAACAUCCUGCUGGAUCCGGCGCAGGUCUGCGAGGGUAACACGCACCGGAACAACCGGAAGGCGAAGCGGCUGACCGGCAAGCUGGCGGAGAUCUGCAAGAACGACACCUCGCUGAUGCGCGAAAUCAAGCGCGGCAUCAACCUGGGCUUCCGCGAGUGCGAGAACCAGUUCCGGAACAACAUGUGGAACUGCUCGUGGACGAUCAAGCGCAGCAUGCGGAGGAUACUGACCAAGGAUACCCGCGAAACGGCGUUCGUUCACGCAAUCACGGCCGCCGGCAUCACGUACGCCGUCACGAAGGCCUGCACGAUGGGCGACCUGGUCGAGUGUUCCUGCCAGAACCACGUCAAGAAGAGCGUCCAGCAGUACGUCAACGGAAACGCGCAGCCCCUGCCGGUGUCGGCGUUGACCACCUCCACAGCGACCGGCAUCAGCCCGAAAGGUCCUCGAAGGACACCGGCGAAAAAUGGGCGCAAAAUGAACGCCCGCAACACGAUGCUGAUCACGUCCUACGCCAACUACAACAACCUGCCGCCGCCGGCGGCGACGAUGAGUUCCGGCGGGGGAAACCGGAAGGAUGUGCUCAAGUCACUGCAGAAGAACCAGCAGAAGCCGAGCAAAACUAAUGGGAACGGACAGGAUGGAAGCUGGGAGUGGGGUGGCUGCGAUGAUAAUGUCAACUUUGGCUUCCGGAAGUCGAAGGACUUUUUGGACGCUCGGUUACGGAAGAAGAGCGACAUACGGACGCUGGUAAAGUUGCACAAUAAUAAUGCUGGGCGAUUGGCCGUCAAGCAGUUCAUGCGGAUGGAGUGCAAGUGUCACGGCCUGUCCGGCUCGUGCACGAUGCGCACCUGCUGGAUGAAGAUGCCCCCGUUCUCGGAGGUGGGUUCCCGCCUCAAGGAACACUUUGACGGCGCCACGAAGGUGAUCGCGCGCAACGACGGCCACAGCUUCAUGCCGGACGACCCUUCGAUCAAACUGCCCACGAAGCGGGAUCUGGUCUACACCGAAGAUUCGGACGACUUUUGCGAGGUGAACGCGAAAACGGGCUCGCUGGGGACGCACGGCCGGGAGUGUAACAUAACCUCGAACGGGGUGGACGGGUGUAAUCUGAUGUGCUGCGAGCGGGGUCAAGCGAGGAAGCAUGUGGAGAUCAAGCGGAACUGCAAGUGCAGCUUCAAGUGGUGCUGCGAGGUCACGUGUAGCACCUGCAUUGACAUCAAGGAGGUUUACACCUGUAAAUAGGUCUCGGUCUGUUUCUUUCUCUCUCUCUCUCUCUCUAUCCAAGUGAAUAUCCGGAAGACUGAUCCAAGUGACAACGGCGGAGGACCCAAAGGGAAUGAUGACGUGGGGGCGUAAAUUUGGCUGUACUGUGAGGACUGUGAGGACACCUCUGAUUCUUGAAGAAUCGGAGGUGUUUAGAAAUUGGCAUGGAAUCGACCCAAAUCGAAACGAAGUAUUGUUGUGUUAUGGCAGUGUACUUACUUACCAGAUCUUUGAAAUAAGCUUUAAUCAAUCUGUAGCAACUUAGGAAGCAUUUUAAGAAAAAUAAAAAAAAAAUCGCCGCAACCACUAAUAACUAGGUUAUGUUUGCAAUAUUUAUUGUUAAGUGUGAUUAAAUCCGGCUUACGAAA